AUGUCCAGCUACCUCGCCGCCCGUCGCGAUGAUGAGCGCUUCACUGUGCGGCUGGAAGAGGUGAAUAAGGAGAUGGACGGGCUCCUACUCAAGACGUCGCGCACGCGGCACGAGCUUGACCGCUCGGCUGCAGAGGUCCACAUGGGAGUGCCGUUGCACUUUCAUCCGUGCGAUGUCGCUGGCCGCGUUCAUCUCGCCCCGUCGGAUCCCGCCGGUAGCGGCCCGGGCAGGCUACCGGCGCGAGAUGAUCUCGCUCGAAGCUUAGUGCUCGCUGAGCUCUCCCAGUGGUCGCGCUCGCAUCUACCGAGCCUUGUUGCCCGGCUCGUCGAGGACCAGGUGCAGCAGCAGCUGCUGAGCCUGCGGGACAGUGCAGAAGAAGUCCGUGCCCGCCAAGCCAAAGUGGAGAAGGCAGCGAGGGACGCGGCUGAGCAGGUGCGCGCGCACCGAGCGGACAUGCAUGCUGCCUUUUCGGCUGCGCGGGAAGAGACGCAGCGCGACAUGGAGGAGCAUCAGCGAACUGUGAAGCGCCAACUCGCGGCGUGGGGUGAGGAGCUGAGGCGUGUGCGGGAGGACGUGCUCACAUGGAAGCAGCAAAGCACCAACGCCGGCGAUCGGCAGGAGCAACGUAUCAGCGAGGCUCUUCAGCGGCAGCAGGCUCACGUGCAGGAGGCGUUUGAGACGCUGGAGUGCGAAAUGCAGCGUUGGCGGCAGACGACGAGCCGAGCGGUGCAUAAGGAGGCAGAGGAACUGCGUGCGCAGCAUCAUGCACUCGAGCAUCUUGUGGCACAGAUUCAGGGGAUGAUGACGAGUACGGCAGACAUGGUGGCCCAUUGCGCGGCAGAGACGCAGCGCUUAAUGGAGCAUGCGGUGAGCCGCAGCAGCGAAGUCCGCGUCUGUCGGCGUGAUGUGAACCGACUGGAGAUGCUCGUGCGAUGCUCUUCGCUCCAGACAGUGUUGCCCACAGCUAGUACAGGCAGCAACGGCGUCAACGACAACAGCACAGCGUCACCUGCCGCCUCUGUAGUGUUGAAUAGGCUCACCCCAGAGAUGGCUCGAUUCUCGGACUCGCUGCACGCGAUUGUGGCCCGCAUCGAUGGCCUGGACCGUGACGUCCGACAGCUCGAGAUGGCGGUGACGCGCGGCACUACGGCAAGCUGUGGGCAAAGCUCCUAUCACGGCAGCAUGCGAGUUAUGGACGAGGAGAGCUUGUACGGUCGCAAUUUCCCCUCUACGCGUCGUCCCAGCUACAGCCACCUUUCGAACGCCACGGGACUGCGCGGGCAUCCUGCCUCCAGCGGCUUCGCCAGGAUGCCGUCGCUGUUGGGAUGCGAUGAGAGUGCCAACGUGAAUCCCACUCACAGCGGCGCCGCCGCAAACAAGACCGGCGCCACGUGUGUUGCUCUGGUCUCCUCAGCACAGCCGGUCGGUGCGGGAGGGGCCCCGGGAAGGGGACAUUCCGGUGCCGCUGGCCUCGGUGCGCAGCCGUCCCUCACACCUCUCAUGUCUGCUUCGCCGCCGUCCGCGAUGCAUCACCCAUCGAAGUCUCACCUCAGCAGCAGCAGCUUGCGCUUCGAGGGUGACGCCUCUGAUUCCCAUCCAAUGCCUGCGGUGGUGAGCGAGUCGCACUCGGCGCCUCAUGCGGGGAUCAAUGAAGUGAUCCUGCGAGGUGUGGCGGUUGAAGCCGGUGCUCAGCGACCGCCGCAGCACCGCGCCCCACCAGGAGGCAUCAUCCCAGUCGAGACAGGCGAGAGCGACACUUGGCGAGGUGUUGCGGCCAAGCCGACGGCGGCAAAGUCUGCUGCGCGCAGUACGUCGCUCCCUGAGGUUUCGGUGGACGCGUCGCAAAUUCUGAGAGAAGACGCGCUGCACUCACUGACCCACCAGCGCAACGUUUCUUCUCGCUCCGCCUCCUCUUCGCUUUCCGCAGGCAACGCGGAUGCCACGUUUCUGGUCCAAAGGCCUUGCUCAUCCCUUGCAGAGAGCGACGCCGUAUCAGUAGCCGAGGAGGGUGCUUUGCCGACGCACAGCGGCGCAAACCACGAAGAAAGUCCGGUCGUGGCGACGCCGCACUCGCCAGUGGAUUCGUACGUGAGCGACACACCUGCGGCAGAUCUCGACGAUUCAAAGGCGAAUUCUGCCAGCGUGUCCAAGAGCGAUACCCGGGAAGCAGCGCGGUACACACCCGCCCAAGCCAACGACUCGGAGAGUGAGCGUGACAAUCAAGUGAUCGUCCGCUCCGCCCUCGACUAG